AUGGAAGAUGGUGUGACUCCUCCGCUUCUGAUCACGGAGAGAGACACAACGAUGAUUCGCGUGAAGGAAGAAGUGAAGACGCAGCUAUGGCUCUCUGCUCCACUCAUUGGUGUAAGCCUCCUUCAAUAUUCUCUCCAAGUCAUCUCCGUCAUGUUCGUUGGCCAUCUCGGAUCUCUUCCCCUCUCUGCCGCCUCAAUCGCCACCUCCUUCGCCUCCGUCACCGGCUUCACCUUCCUCGUACAUUUCUUCAUCCCCUUUCUUUUUCUUUUCUUAUGUGUUAAAAACGCAAUCGGAAAAUAA